CCAAAUAUCGUCGACUCCUGCUUUGCCCGGUGUCUGAAACCGGAAGGCUGCUGUGGUAGUGUUUGCCCCGUCUGUCCGCCCGGUGUAGCUCUUCUAUGUAAGAAUCGUUGCGUCAGUAACCGCCCCCUCUCCUCCGUUACUUUUCUACCUGCUUCUUCCUCUUCUCUUCUCUUCUUUCUUUCACAACUCAUCUACACUUUUAUCUAUCUCUACCUAUACAACUCACACUAUUCACAAUGGCCCCCAAGGUUGGUAUCAACGGCUUCGGUCGUAUUGGACGUAUUGUCUUCCGUAACGCCAUCAACCGUGAUGACGUCGAGGUUGUUGCCGUCAACGACCCCUUCAUCGAGAUCACCUACGCUGCCUACAUGCUCAAGUAUGACAGCACCCACGGUCAGUUCAAGGGUACCGUCGAGGUCGCCCCCGAGGGUCUCAUCGUCAACGGCAAGAAGAUCCGCUUCUUCGCUGAGAAGGACCCCGCUGCCAUCCCCUGGGCCCAGGCCGGUGCCUCCUACAUCGUCGAGUCCACCGGUGUCUUCACCACCAACGAGAAGGCCUCUGCUCACUUGAAGGGUGGUGCCAAGAAGGUCGUCAUCUCCGCUCCUUCCGCUGACGCCCCCAUGUUCGUCAUGGGUGUCAACAACACCGAGUACAAGCAGGACGUCAACGUCCUCUCCAACGCCUCGUGCACCACCAACUGCCUGGCUCCCCUCGCCAAGGUCAUCAACGACAAGUUCGGUAUCGUCGAGGGUCUCAUGACCACCGUCCACUCUUACACUGCUACCCAGAAGGUUGUCGACGCUCCCUCCGCCAAGGACUGGCGUGGUGGCCGUACUGCGGCCCAGAACAUCAUCCCCUCCUCCACCGGUGCCGCCAAGGCCGUCGGCAAGGUCAUCCCUGCCCUCAACGGCAAGCUCACCGGUAUGGCCAUGCGUGUGCCUACCCCCAACGUCUCCGUUGUCGACCUCACCUGCCGUAUCGAGAAGGGUGCCUCGUACGACGAGAUCAAGCAGUCCAUCAAGGACGCUUCCAACGGCGAGCUCAAGGGCAUCCUUGCUUUCACCGAGGACGACAUUGUCUCCUCUGACCUGAACGGUGACGACCACUCCUCCAUCUUCGACGCCAAGGCCGGUAUCGCCCUCAACGCCAACUUCAUCAAGCUCGUCUCCUGGUACGACAACGAGUGGGGUUACUCCCGCCGUGUCGUUGACCUCAUCUCCUACAUCUCGAAGGUCGACGGCCAGUAGGAAUCAGGACAGAGCUCCGGGGUGAAGAGUCUCCUCUAAAUGCAAU